AUGGCAGGACCACCCGCCGACAGCAAUGGAUCUCACCUUGACUUGAUGUCUGCGGAGGACGGUGAUAUCUCUUCAAGACUGCCCGAUACUACCGACUCAGAAUCACCGGCUCGCCCUAUAGACCCUUCUCCCCUCCCAUCACCGCAUGCGAACAAGACACCCUCGAAAGUAACAACUCUGAGGCUCCCUGUGAACGGGGAGGCGUUUGAGACCAGCACCACCACUGAAGGAGGCGGUUCUCACAAUCCUGAACACGUCGGCCAGAAAGAUGAUGGCCCACUUGAUUGGUACGUGGAGGGGCCAGGCAGGCGAGUGGGCUACGACGACCUGACUGCAAUCGAUUGGAUCUAUGAGUAUACAAAAGAGCGGCAACGACUGAGAAAGUUCCUGGCACAUGAUACGGGCCUUGUUGGAAAUUUGAGGCAAUUACUCGAUGCCAGUCACGUUUGGUUCGUCCUCGUCGCAAGUGGAAUCUCGGUGGGUUGCGUCGCAGCUUUCGUCAACAUCGCCUCAGACUGGCUGGGCGAUAUCAAGACAGGUUACUGCAAGAAAGGAAUUGGCGGAGGCGAUUUCUAUCUCAACAAACAAUUCUGCUGUUGGGGUCAUGAUGAAUUCACUCAGUGUCAGGAUUGGACACCAUGGCCUGCAGCAUUGGGUAUCAGAGCAAAGGCCGGCCAGUUCAUUAUGGGCUACAUUUUUUUCAUUGUCUUUUCUAUACUUUUUGCCGUUUCAGCCGCGGUCCUUGUCAAACACUAUUCGGUCUAUGCCCAACACAGUGGCAUACCAGAAAUCAAGACCGUCCUGGGAGGAUUCGUCAUCAGAAGAUUUCUCGGCACAUGGACUCUGAUCACAAAGUCUUUUGGUUUGAUACUUGCAGUUUCUUCGGGCAUGUGGCUUGGAAAAGAAGGCCCAUUCGUCCACCUGGCUUGCUGCUGCGCCAAUCUCAUCAUGAAGCCAUUUGAGUCGCUGAGCCAGAACGAAGCUCGAAAGCGAGAAGUCCUUUCCGCCGCAGCUGCAUCUGGUAUCUCAGUUGCCUUUGGCGCGCCAAUCGGUGGUGUGCUGUUUUCACUUGAGCAGCUCUCGUAUUACUUCCCGGACAAGACUAUGUGGCAAUCGUUUGUGUGCGCGAUGGUGGCAGCAGUCACGCUUCAAGCGUUGAACCCGUUCCAUACUGGCAAAAUCGUCCUCUACCAAGUCACCUACACGAUUAGGUGGCACAGCUUUGAACUUGCGCCAUUUAUUGUCCUCGGAGUCAUCGGCGGAGUAUAUGGUGGACUGUUCAUCAAACUAAACAUGUUCGUGGCAAGACUGCGUAAAUCUACAAACUAUCCGUUUCACAACAAGCCGCUUCUCGAAAUACUUGUUGUCUCCGCCCUCUCUGCCGUCAUCAACUACCCGAACCUCUUCAUGCGGGCUCAGUUGUCUGAAUUGGUGUACUAUCUGUUUGCAGAGUGUGCGACUAUCGGGAACAACGAUAUUUUUGGUCUCUGUCGUGCCACAACUGCAGGGGCUCUGUCUAUGGCAUGGCUCUUGGUCGCGGCUUCAUUACUGGGUUUCUUGCUUGCGAGCAUUACAUUCGGAUUGCGAAUUCCGGCAGGGAUUAUUCUGCCCUCGCUGGCCAUUGGCGCGCUUUAUGGGAGAACACUGGGUGUGUUUGUUGAGCUGAUACAAAAACACUUCUCGACGUCGUUCUUGUUCGCUGCCUGCGAACCUGAUGUUGCCUGCGUUAUUCCCGGCACAUAUGCGAUCGUGGGUGCUGCUUCAGCACUGGCCGGGGUUACAAGGAUGACCGUUUCGAUUGUUGUUAUCGUAUUCGAGCUAACAGGUGCCCUUACUUACGUUUUGCCAAUUAUGAUUGCGGUCAUGCUUGCCAAAUGGAUUGGAGAUGUCUUUUCGCCACGAGGCAUCUAUGAGUCUUGGAUUCAAUUCAACGAGUAUCCAUAUCUCGAAAACAAGGACGAUGCAACGGUGCCUCAUGUUCUUGUUUCGAGUCUCAUGACAAGAGUGGAGGAAAUGAAGUGCCUAGAUGCCAACAGGUCUUAUACUGUCGGAAGUCUACAAAAGAUCCUCCGAAGCACAUCUUAUCGCGGGUUCCCAGUGGUUGCGUUCAGAAAGCCAGCAGGUGAUGUCGCUGAGACAGGUGCAAAUCGACACUACCCACGCGAGAACACUCUUCUAGGCUACAUCUCUCGAGUCGAGCUGGCCUUUGCGCUGGAGCGGAUGACGCAUCCCGGUAGUCACCAGUCCAGACUCGAAGCUGAAACGGUUGUUGAUUCAAGAACCCUGUGUUAUUUUACCUACCACCCCGACAUUGCUUUGGGUACUGGGAUCGACUUGCGGCCGUGGAUGGACCAGACGCCUAUCACGUUGAAUGCGAACAGCUCCCUUCAACUCGCGGUGCACAUGUUCCAGAAACUUGGGCUUCGAUACCUCCUUUUUGUUGAGCGUGGCGCAUUCAGAGGCAUGCUCACCAAAAAAGACGUUUGGUGGAUACUGUCCGCAUCCGCAGAUGGACGCAAGGCUGGAGUGUUUGUCGCCGAUGCAGAAGCUGUUCGAGACUCUGUUUUGGACGAAGAGGCCGAGGAAGCCAGAGGCCUCCUUCAAGCAGACUCAGGUGAUCGAGAUCAUCAAAGACUGCCGACUUAA